UCGUUCUCUCUUUUUAGUACACCAAAAAAAGAGGAGAGAGAAUCUUUCCCAUUUAUACCCCACCCCCACUCACGAAAACUUACAAAACCUGAACCUAAAAAACUAUGGCUGCCUCAGUCCAGAACCGUCAGUUCCCCCACAUCGACCCCGCCAUAAACGGCGUCGUCCGCUCCUCCUUCAACCGCCACUUUCAAGAGGUCCCCAAAAUCUCGGCCCCGGUGGACGACGACGACGGGUAUUUCUCUAGCGACGAUGACAACAACGAGAGCAUAGAAGGGUACAUGGACUUGGUGCGGAGAGGCAACAGUGAAUUAGAGCCGUCGAUCUUGGACCCCAGAGAUGAGGCCACUUCCGACAACUGGGUGGAGCGCAACCCCAGCAUGGUCCGCCUCACUGGGAAGCACCCUUUCAACUCGGAGCCGCCGCUCAACCGACUCAUGCACCACGGCUUCAUCACCCCGGUCCCACUCCACUACGUCCGCAACCACGGCGUCGUCCCCAAGGCCUCGUGGCACGACUGGACCAUCGAGGUCACCGGCCUGGUGAAGCGGCCGGCUCGGUUCACCAUGGACCAGCUCGUCACCGAGUUUCGCGUCCGCGAGCUCCCAGUCACCCUCGUUUGCGCGGGAAACCGCCGCAAGGAGCAGAACAUGGUGAAGCAGACCAUCGGCUUCAACUGGGGCGCCGCCGGCGUCUCUACCUCCGUCUGGCGGGGCGUGCGCCUCCGCGACGUCCUCAAGCGUUGCUGCAUCUACAGCCGUAAAGGUGGGGCCCUCAACGUCUGCUUCGAAGGAGCCGAGGACCUGCCAGGUGGCGGUGGCUCCAAGUACGCCACCAGUCUGAAGAAGGAGAUCGCCAUGGAUGAGAGCCGUGACAUCAUUCUUGCUUACAUGCAAAACGGCGAGCGUUUAGCCCCGGAUCACGGGUUUCCGGUUAGGGUGAUCAUCCCCGGUUUUAUUGGUGGCCGGAUGGUCAAAUGGCUCAAGCGCAUCAUCGUGACGACGACAGAGUCGGACUGUUAUUAUCACUACAAAGACAAUAGGGUCCUUCCUUCAUGUGUCGACGCUGAGCUCGCCAACGCUGAAGCAUGGUGGUACAAGCCGGAGUACAUAAUCAACGAGCUGAACAUAAACUCUGUAAUUACGACGCCGUCUCAUGAGGAGAUAUUGUCGAUAAACUCGUGGACGAGGCCGUACAUCUUGAAAGGCUAUGCAUAUUCCGGAGGAGGAAAGAAAGUGACACGAGUGGAAAUUACUCUGGACGGUGGGGAGACAUGGCAGGUCUGCAAUCUGGAUCACCAAGAAAAGCCGAACAAGUAUGGCAAAUACUGGUGCUGGUGCUUCUGGUCACUGGAGGUCGAAGUGCUCAACUUACUCGUCGCCAAAGAGAUUGCCGUGAGGGCUUGGGAUGAAACCCACAACACUCAACCCGAAAAGCUCAACUGGAAUGUCAUGGGAAUGAUGAACAACUGUUGGUUCCGAGUGAAAAUCAAUGUGUUGCCACACAGAGGAGAGAUUGGAAUAGUGUUCGAGCAUCCAACCAAACCCGGAAACCAAUCCGGUGGGUGGAUGGCGAAAGAAAAACGCUUGGAUCAGAUUGAAGCCACCGCGACCCUAAAGAAGAGUGUGUCUUCACCCUUCAUGAACACUUCCAGCAAGGUUUACUCAAUGUCCGAAGUCAAGAGGCACAACACCCCUCAGUCUACAUGGAUUGUUGUCCACGGUCACGUCUACGACUGCACUAGAUUCCUCAAUGACCAUCCCGGCGGUGCUGAUAGCAUUUUGAUCAAUGCUGGAACAGAUUGCACGGAAGAGUUUGAAGCAAUACAUUCCGAUAAGGCCAAGACAAUGCUCGAGGAGUAUCGAAUAGGUGAGGUGAUUGGUACCACAGGUUACACCUCCGACUCAAGCUCCCCUAAUAAUACCGUCCAUGGGUUACCAAGAACAUCAACUGUGGAUUCUAUGUCUUCUCUGACGAAUUUUUUGGCCCCUAUUAAAGAAGUCACACUAAAAAGCGUUGCGCUCGUUCCACGCGAGAAAAUUCCGUGUAAGCUUGAGAAGAAGACCUCCAUUUCACAUGACGUUAGAGUAUUCAGAUUUGCAUUGCCUUCAGAAGACCAGGCUCUAGGGUUACCGGUGGGCAAGCACAUAUUCUUGUGUGCUACGAUUGAUGGCAAGCUUUGCAUGAGGGCUUACACACCAACCAGCUCGAUUGAUGAGAUUGGGUAUUUCGAGCUGGUGGUCAAGGUCUACUUUAAGAAUGUGCACCCUCGGUUCCCUCAUGGUGGACUCAUGUCACAGUACUUGGAUUCUCUCCCGAUCGGGGCAGCUCUAGACGUGAAGGGUCCUUUGGGUCACAUAGAGUACAAUGGUAGAGGUAACUUUUUGGUUCACGGUAAACCUAAGUUUGCAAAGAAGCUCGCCAUGAUUGCUGGUGGAACGGGGAUCACACCCAUCUACCAAGUAGCACAAGCCAUCCUGAAAGACCCCGAGGACGAAACCGAAAUGCACGUCGUGUAUGCUAACCGCACUGAGGAGGACAUCCUGUUGAGGGAAGAGCUCGACAGUUGGGCUAAGGAGCAUGAGAGGUUUUAUGUGUGGUAUGUGGUGGAGAAUGGUAAGGAAGGCUGGCAAUACAGUGUGGGAUUCAUCACGGAGAGUAUACUGAGGGAACAUGUUCCCGACGGAUCGGACGAUUCUCUUGCGUUGGCGUGCGGACCGCCGCCAAUGAUUCAGUUUGCUGUGCAGCCCAAUCUGGAGAAGAUGAACUAUGAUGUUAAGAAUUCAUUGCUGAUAUUUUGAAGGGUGGAGCUAGCUAGAUCCACAGUAAUAUGUACAUUAUAAUUAGUCUUGUAUCAUUGUUUUUUUUUUUUCCACUUGGAGAAAUGGGGGGAAAUUCAAUUAGAUGGGUUUUUUUAGAUGGAAUAAAGUCCGUUGUACUCUCGAUCAAAUUGUCAUUCUUUUUUCUCAUGCUCAGAAAUAUGUCAAUGCCAUUACAUAGUUUGUA